AUGGCUCCGUGUUUGCUGCUGAGCGUGGUGAAUUCGUUUCCUCGCCAUGACGUUGUGAAAUUUGAUGAAGGAACAUUCCUUCAAUGGAAGCAACAGGUGAGAUUCAUUGUUAAUGGUUAUGAUCUCUUUGGUUUUCUUGAUGGAUCUAUUGCUGUACCGUCAAGGUUUGUGCAAGCACCGGAUGGUGCACUCGUUGUCAAUCCUGUGGCGUCUACCACGGCGUUGGAGAUGUUCGCGACCGAUUCCGAUCAAAGGCAGUUCCAAUUGCGUCAUGAGCUUCACUCUCUCAAGAAAGGAAGCAUGUCGAUUCGUGACUAUGUCGCGAAGUUAAAACAUGUGUGCGCCCUAUUGGAGUCAUCUGGAACCUCCAUCUCUAUGGCAGAAAGGACGGCGGUGCUUCUUGCGGGGCUUCCGUCUGAGUUUGAAGGUGUUGUAUUGUCAGCUUCAUUGUCUCCGACUCUGUUGCCAUUUCCGCGUUUGAUUGAUGCUUUACUAGAGUGCGAAACUCGGCAUGCUCAGUCAAGCCAAGAGGUGCUGUAUGCUGCAAAUCUGGUGGAAGAUGUGUCCACGGACGGUUCGUCGCGAGGAGGUCGAUCGGGGGCGCGUGGUCGUAUGAGGACCUUUCGGCCACGACUCUAG